GUGUUGCAGGACUCAGAGUGCCCCACCCCCCAGUCCAUACAGCUCAUGUCCCGGCUUCCUAUAAAAACUUUACAUCGCGGACACGGUGUACCAUUCACCCCAACACCAGCCGAGCGACCCCAAAAACCGUCCCAAACCCCGCGGCAGCCGCAGGUCUUAAGAGCCGCCCUCCGUGUCGACCCAUCUCACACUACAUCCACAGACAUGAUCAUCAGACUGGGCAGGCUGACACCUGGAUACUUCCGCCUCCUCCAGAGGCAAGUGGCCGGUGAGGUGCAGACACAGCCGCAAGACCGCGCUGUCAACCAGAUUGCCAUGAUGUUGGCCAUUAUGGGCCUGAGUUUGUCCUACUACAGUGCCAAACAGAUGACAGAGAAGGUUCACGCCCAGCCGGCACCCUGAAGAGUCUUGACCUCUCUGAUCGUGGAGAUAAUGGAUGAGCCAAUGAGGAGUGGAGGAGCGAGGGGAGCAGAUGCAGUGGCACAGCAGUGUCUUCCAGAACCGCACUUUUUCUCACCUCACAGUCACAGUCGCACUCAGACACAGAAUUUCUGGGAUCCCGCAGAGACUCUGGGGCUGCUGUUAAGAGUUUUCUAUGCUUUCUGUUGUCAGGACCUUGAGGGGUUUGUCGGGGUGUCUCACUCGGGGUUCAUGGAUAAGACUGGUUUAAUGGACCAGUUGGGGGGGGUGAUCAAAACCAGGUGACUGCCAGCUGGGUCUGACCGUUAGUCGUUACAAAGGUGCAUGCUUGCACGAUGAUGUCAAUACAGUUCUGAGCUACAAAAAGGGGAAUAAACUUUAUACUGUGAAUUUUGCUCCAAACCUGUCCAGAUAGUGUAAAUAAUAAAUGAACAGUAAUGCCUUUUUAAGGAAAAAGCUCACUGCAAUAGAGAUGUACCUUGUAACGAAGUGAUGACAGACCCAGAAUAUGGCUAAAGAGGAUGAACAGUUAGCUCAACCCUUUUUAGAUUUUCUGUAUUUUUCCUUCAUGAGAAAACCUUGCAGAGCCUCGUGAACAGAUCAGGAGCUGUAUUCACAAACUGUCCAUAUAUACUUGUGAAAUGUGUCUGUCAGGUGUCAGAGAUUCAGUGACUAUUUGCGCACAAGAGCAGUAACUUUUCAAAUACCACAACAGAUCUUAGGGACUAAAACUACUCAAGACCUUUUUUAUGAUGUUGUUUUUUUUUUUCUUUCCUGUGAUUUCAAACUGUUUUAAUAUAAAUCGAAGAAAUCCUGUUAAGAAGAUGUGUCAUGACUUUAACAAGUUGAGAGCCCUUCCUGCAAUAUCUACAACAUGUUAAUGCAAACAUUUAACUUUACUGAACAUAGCAUGGGUGUGCAGAUGUUGAAAUUGAAGCUAAAUCAAUGAGUCUGUCUUGUUUUUAUUGAUGAAUGAAUGUAUUUCUUUAUUUUGUAAUGAUUUAAUAAAGCUGUGAAUAUUUUGAAAUGACAUGUAUAGUGGAUAUUUAGUGAUGUUAUUAAAAACAUUAACUCUGAUUAAUCAAAGCCACAGUUUCUACGCAAACCGAAAGAGUCGCUGAGUUGAGUUUGAACAGCUCCCUUGUUGGUGCCAGAGGCUGCAGAGCCACAGCAUUUCCUGUAUCAAAGACUCUGUGUUGUCUUCUGCACGCAGUAGGAAAUGGUGACAUCACCUGCUAGUGUGCCCUCCUCACACGCAAGCCCAAUUUUAUAGUGAAUUUGCAAAAAUGUGCCUGUGUAGAGAUGGCUUUGUUUGUGCUAGAAGAGGAAACCCAUCCAGUAAAGGCAUGUGAGGAAUGAGAAGGCGUGAGAACGUGCUCAUCAAGUCUUGAAGUUUAAAAUAGACUUUGAAUGUCCGGUCUAUGUAAGUAUGUUGUCGUUUGGAUUACAGACAAGAAAAAUUAAAAAUGGCAAGUGUGUCAAAGGGACAGUUGGUGACUGUUUGAUAAAGCAAUAAAAAAAAAAAGCCUCACAUAGCAGAACUAAUGAGAUGACAGAGUUCUUAAACAAAUAGAUGCUGGAAGAGAUCAGAAUUCAGCUGGCGAGCUUGGGAACAUGCCUUAACGUGAUGUCUACGGUUUAAAGAACAACUUGCAGCUCGGGCGAGAUCAUUCCCCCACAGUGACUUGAUGAAGUGGCAGCCAUUUUCAUCACCUCACAGAGUUUAUUUAUGAAACAUUCAUCAUUUUUUAAAGAUUUAUUUCCUCAGUGCAUCAGAAAGUGUGAGAGAACUUGUUGGCCAGAAAGAAACCCAAACACCUGAUUCCCAUGUUCCCCUGCAAAACCUAAAGGUUUGAGGCAGAUUGGUGACGGUUUUUCCGCACGUCCGCCCUUCCUCUAGCAGGGCGUGGAGUCUUCACAGUGCGCAUGCCUGUUUACUGUCUGAUGUGAUGCCCUGUGACAGGCUGAGACCUC